AUGACCACGGACUACUCUCGGGAGGAUCAACCAGACAUUCGAAGGACGGCCGAGCUUUGUCAUCACAUCACCUCGGCUCUUCCAAAGGCUCUAUUAGAUGACCGGAACAUUGAAAGGAGCCAGCCCUUGAUAACAGACGCACCCGUCCUUCACUCGAACGGCGUCGGCGAACCUCAUCAUCACAUUGCAUCACUCCACGCACAUUCAGCGCCCUCUACCCACCAGUCCCCCAAAGCUGCCCAGGCACGGAGCGCCAAGACCGCAUCUUCCCCCGUACGGUAUCGCCUGGUGGCGCCCUCAAGCAAUGAAGAGCGCCCUGAGCUGGUUUGGCAGCACAGCCCCAGCGACAGCGCCAAAAAGACCGGAGCCAGCGCCAGCCCAGUUAGUGGUGGGAUCAGUAGCGCGGGUCUCAGCGCUGUUGGUGGUGCCGCCCACUCCCACCGGCCGUCCAGCACUGCGACCAUCGCCUCCGCCGAUAAUUGUUAUCGCGCAUCCUCGACGGACCCUUCUUUUGCCUCCCACUCGCCCUCACUUUUGGACCAUUCGUCACCAUCGCCGACUCCCUCCCCGCAGCCUGCGACGCCCAACUCGCCGUCCAGAGAUCGCGCAAACCUGCUCAGCGAUCCCGCAUCCGCCCAAACCAAACCCAAACCCAUCGACAUCGUCGCGCCCUACCGCAGCUCGUCGUCUCGACCGCCCUCGGCGCACAUCCUCGACCUUGGUCACGACAAUUUUGGAACCUCGGAUAUCGAGCUCUCCGACCGCUCCAUCGACAUGACCACCGGCCCUUCCCUCGACUCGGCCAUGGGCCGCAGUCGCCAAGACUCCUUCGUGAGCGCUGGCGCCAAGCCCAUCUCCAUGAUCAACCCCAACCGCGAGUCUCACCGCCAGCGGCGCGAGUCUCUGGCUGGCAGUAUGAUGGGAGGCGUGAGCUGGGGUGGCCUCUCCGUGAGCAGUUUCAUUCGCGAUGAGAUACAAAUGACGGGCACUUCGCCCUACCCUGCCUACCAGUCGCCAUCUUUCCACUCAUCUUCAUAUAUCCCCAAGCUCGAGGCCAACUUCAUGCGCGACUUUAUGUGCUGCGAUCGAGUUUGGCCCACGAUGCAUGACCUUCUUCAGCAUUACGAAGAGAACCACACUCAGCCCAACAACAACUCAUCGAGGAACUUUGCCUCCCAAGGCCCUGCCGGUCAGAGUGUUCCGCGGCCGUCCGCUGGCAGAGGUAUGAACCCAGGUAUCAUGGGCGCUGGACAGCUAGGCAGCCCCGCUCAGCAAGGUCGGCCAGGCGCUGGUGUUUCGGGCGCUGGCGUUGGUCUUGGUAUGAGUGGACUCCAGCAGAUGAUGCGACAGCAGCAACAAUCUACGCCCGUAGCACAGAAACACGCUACGUUGUCAGCGAUGAACGAUGACAUGGAUACUGUCGGCGACAUGGAGAUGGACGAUGCCGUGGGAGUCAUGGAUAUGGACGAUUCGCAACGCACUAUUCAGCAGACUCGACAGAUGUUUGGCCAGCAACGACCCCAACUCAACCUGACCAGCCCCGGUUUGACACAGCAGGCUCUGCGUACUUCAGCGCCGACCACCCCUGCCGCAGCGAGUUUCGGCUUCGUCAACAACCCUACUGUCUCCUCCGUCAACACUCCUACCCUGACCACACAGCAGGGAUUCACCCCACGUAACCAGUUCUCUCAGGACAGCCCCUUGACUCCAGGAGGUGUCGAUGCCGACGACGAUGGCCAGAACGUCCCCAUGAAGAUGAACUUCGCAAACCUCAACCUGAACGGCUCUCAGCAGGCCGGGCUCGGUUUCGGCAACGGCGUCGGCGGGCUCGAUCUGAACUGCAUCGAUGAUCCCGCCAAGAGUCUCUUCAGCCCUACCAACUCCCUCAACGCCUCCCUGGCCAACCAGCAGCGGCUCAACCAGCAACUGGGCCAAUUUGGCCUCGACGCGAGCCAGUUCCCUCAGGGCACCGAUGCGCAGGCGCUGCUCCAGCAGAUGAGCGCGGCACUGAUCAUUCCCCAGGAGGAACACAAGCCAUACAAGUGUCCAGUUAUCGGAUGUGAAAAGGCCUACAAGAACCAGAACGGUCUCAAGUAUCACAAGACCCACGGCCACGCUACUCAACAGUUGCACGAGAACGGCGAUGGCACAUUCUCCAUCGUUAACCCGGAGACGUCUGCCCCAUACCCCGGAACCAUGGGGAUGGAGAAGGAGAAGCCAUUCAAGUGUGACACUUGUGGCAAGCGCUACAAGAAUCUGAACGGCCUCAAAUAUCACAAACAACACUCUCCACAGUGUGACCCAGAGCUUCUUGCUCAACAGCAGGCGCUCAUAAAUACGAUGGCGCAACAACUAGGGAACCAGAACGGACUGAACAUCAACUUCAACGGAAUGAACGGCAUGCUUCCCAACAUUGGCGAGGAGGCUAUGCAGUAA